AUGCAGACUGUGGUAAAACCGAGAGCAGCGGACAUGGUCCCAUUCCCCGGAGGCCCCAGAGAAGACCGCUUAAUAUUCGGCGAGUUUGCGGUCAUUGGGGCUUUCCUCAACGCGUCAGAAUGGGUUAAUUAUCCCCUCCCAAAAGACCCCCAGGCAUACCAUUGCGGCCUCUGGUACUGCGUUGAGGCUCAUCAAGUGCGUGUAGAGGCAGGCAUCACCAGGGAGGAGGUUGUCGGAGCAUGGAGUGAAUCACGUUUCGACUUUGACACCGACCGAGGGACUUUUCAGAACCUCCCAGACUCAUUCUCCGCAGAUCCGGACGAGGAAUUCACAGUAGUUGAGCCCUUCACCCUCUGGAACUUCAAUGGUAAUGCAUCUUUAGUCAGGGCUAAGGGGGGCGGUGGUAAAUUUGAAGAUGAUCGAACGACGCGCGGACAGGCUCUGCAUGAAGCCUUUGGCGAUAUGGACUCAUUCAUCGCAAAGGUCGCUAGGAGUCUGUCCAACGACGUCCGUGCAAAUUCAACACUAAGGAUGGGAGGCGCCUGGUACCGAGGAACCUCAUACAAAAGCCAGAUCACCAUCGUUGUGCAAUGGCCCUGGAUCACGUUCCAGAUAGUCAUGGUGCUGCUCUCCGUCUUUUAUCUGGUGGCCGAGAUGAUUAGGACGGCAAGGAAGCCCGACGUACGGCCUUGGAAAGACGAUGCGCUGGUGCCGCUUUGGAUCGAGUUGGACAAGGACGUGAGAGAACAGGCUGCCCAGGGACUCGGUGAGCCCGACGGCAUCAGACGGCGGAUUGGCAAAGAUUCAGUGCAGCUUUUGAAUGGAGGCAAGAGAAUGCGAAUUUCGGCUGCUUUAGGAUGA